GCUGUCCGGUUUCCUGUGACCUUGGGGUUUGAACGGGACAGCCCCGAGGGACUAGGGCACUGUCCCCAUUCCCAGCGCCUUCUCACUUAGUCACUCCUCCUUUGUCGCUAAUACCCCGCCCCUUAGAAGCCUAACUCUCUAGGGCCAGAGUCGUUUGGCUUUUUCCUGCCCCAGUUGAGGGUAGGGGUGUCCUUGGCCUUUGGGGAAAAUGGAACCCAGAAGGACGGCGUCUGGGCCACCCGGCUGGGGGCCUCGAGAGCCCGCAGGGUCGGGGUCGGCCGCAGAGCUCGUGUACCAUCUAGCGGGGGCCCUGGGCGCGGAGCUGCUACUACAGCGCCUCCUGCUGGUGAAUGUGGAGCUGCGUCACAAGCUCGCAGCCGUGCAGGCCCAGCUGCAGGCUGCGCAGGACCGCGAGAGGGAGCGCAAGCUGCCUCGGGAAGGGGCCCUUGAGCCGGCUGAAGGGCUGAACGGAGAGGCCCAGCGGGCGCCCCCUGAGGACCUGGUGGUUGCCUCGAGGCAGCCGGCUCCCCCAGCGGCAGAGACGGGGCAGUGUGGCUUCAGCCGGGAGGAGCUGGAACAGAUCCUUCAAGAGCGGAAUGAACUCAAAACCAAGGUGUUCCUGCUCAAGGAGGAGUUGGCCUACUUCCAGCGGGAGCUGCUCACAGACCACAGGGUCCCUGGGCUUCUGCUAGAAGCCAUGAAGAUAACUGUCAGGAAGCAGCGGAAGAAGAUCAAGGCCAAGAUGUUAGGAACACUAGAGGAAGCAGAGAGCAGUGACGAUGAGGAUGGCUCGUGGGCUCCACUCUCCAGAGAUAAGGAAGAUGACCCCCCACCUCCUGAAUCCGGAAUCCAGAGCUUCUUUGGCCUGUGGUAUCGGGGUGAAGCAGAAGCCCCUCAAGCUGAGAUCAGCAGCACCUCUCCCAGCAAGCUGUGUGAAGAGGAGGUCCCCCACAAACCUCACUUGGAGCCUGUUGGCAGCCCUCAAGCCCCGACUCCUGAAUCGCCCUCUGCGCUCACAGAACAUCCUGGUCUGAGGCCUUAGUUGCCCCAGAGGGGUGAUG